AUGAUUGUUGCUGCUCGAUUUACCAACAAAUCUAAACAAAAUGCUACCGAUGAUAAGGGAAAACUGAAAAGAAAUCGGAAAAAGAAUUUAGCACUACAAAAAACAUUCACACCUGUACAGUUAAUGAAUGAUAAAUUUAUGUCACAUUCAUCAUGGAGCAAAGGAAACAGUAGUCAACUUUCCGUUUCCGUUUUUCAAACAAACCCUUACGGAUCCGUACCAAAUCUUCGUUACAUUGGCACAAAUAAAUGGGGCUUAAUUUAUCAGCAAACUCUUGCUUUAAAAGUUACAUGGAGUAAAUUAUGCAAAACACCUCAUUCUACAUGUUGCGGUAUUAGUGGUAUCAUUGGAGGAAAAAAUAAAAUACUUCGUGAUAUCUUUUAUAAUGCGGCAUUUGUUAAUGGUAUAAGUGAACGUCGUACAAUUGCAACAUUACAUGAUCAUUCACAUUUUAUCGUAUCAUUAAUCAGUCAAAUUAUUCAAUCAUUUGAGACAGAUUCUGAUGAUAUCUUUAAACAUAUUAAUAAAAUUGGUUUAUGUCAUUUUAAUUUAACAAAAUAUGGUUUUCAACGAAAACUUUGGGAUAAUUUGGGUGAAGAAUUGAUCGAUGCUUUGGUUGUACAGAAUUGUAUACGUAGUUUUCCUGGUUCAUGUCGCGCAUGGACGAUACUACUUGCCAAUCUUAUCGAUCAUUUGUGUGCAGCUACAAUAAGUCCUUAUUCUACUAGUAUUGUCACAAAAUCACACAAUCGGUCAAAGUUGACCUCAGUUGCUAUCUACAAAUCAAUUUCAAAUUGA